AACGUCAAAACAGAUACAGCAAUCUUUAGCAGCAGACAACAGUUUUUAAGCAGACGACAAUUUUCAAUGAAGAAAACAACACAAAGCGUUGAACGUCUUCAGCACAUGUUAAAACAUGCAUCCAGAAAGAGGAAGCGGUCUUGCAGUCCCAAUAACGAGGCUCUACCCCCAGCAAAGCGUCCACGACUGAGGGUCAUUACUCCUCCUCCAAUGCCAAGGUCAUUUUUGAGAAAGGUCAAAGCGUGGCAAGACCGGAAAAGAAAAAUUGAAUUAGGUAUUGCCCUUUACUUUGAGGCACAGAAGCGAAAAAUGGCCGAGGCAUUUCCUACACCAGCAGCGCCCUCUAUUUCUCUAUCAGAAGAAGCUUUAGCUGGUAUUAGAGCAGCCGAAGAUUUGAUUGAAGAGAUAACAAGAGAGAUUGAAGCAUCAGCUCCUAAACGCCGUGGAAUCAUUAAGAGGUUGGCUUCCAACGAUGUUGCAGACGACAGUUUGGAGGUGAAGGUCAUUCCUGUGAAGCGUCGUGGAGGAUGGAGAAAGAAGGGAGAGAGGCGGUUUUGAAUUAAGUGGGAAAGAAACACACACAAAAAAAACCAUAAAAUCUUACAAAACAAAAAGACACUACUUCAAUGUUUCAAAAUGAGACAGAGGGGUAACUAAAGGGAAAUCAACACCAUUUUUUUGACUGAGCCUGUGCAUAAGAGAAAUGCAUUUUCAGUGCAAAUCAGAAAAUAUGAAAAAAAAGAGAGAUCAACAAGGAAGGGCGGCAUUCAAUGAACGCAUCCCCCAAUCACAGGAUCACCGGCAAGGAGCCCGGCAGGACACUUCAUGAUCCCAAAAGACUAGAAAAAUAUAGAAAACUUUUUGCGUGGGACAUUAACGAUUAAGGGACACAGAUACUCCUACUUUACAUUGAUUGGU